CUCUCUUGCUCUCCCUCAUCUCAUUGCUUCAGAGUAGGCCAAAUCUGAAGUCCUUUCCAGGGAGUGGCUCUGUUCAUCUUAUUUUCCAGCCAAAAUCCGAGCAGCGUAAGAGGAGAGAGACACACUCGGCAGCCAAAGGACUCGGUGGAAAGAACAGAGCACCACAGACAAUAUGUUGCUCGUGGGACCCAAGAUGCUGCUGUUCCUCACUGCACUCAUCAUCCCCUCUGAAUGGAUACCCCUGUGGGUCAAUGGUCAACGAGGAGAUGAUGUGACUCGGGUGACUCAAGAAAUAGUCACAAAUGGUACUAAUGAUGUGACUCAAGUGACUCAGGAAACAUUCACAGAUGAUCCUAAUCUGGUGAAUGACCCACCAACAGACGAAACAGUUCUGGCUGAUGUCGAGCCUUCCACAGAUGACCUGGCCUCAUCCAAUGAUAAAAAUACCACCACAGAGUGCCGGGAUGAGAAAUUUGCUUGCACCAGACUCUACUCUGUGCAUCGGCCAGUCAAACAAUGCGUUCAUCAGUUAUGCUUCACCAGUUUACGACGUAUGUACAUCAUCAAUAAUGAGAUCUGCUCCCGUCUUGUCUGUAAGGAACAUGAAGCUAUGAAAGAUGAACUUUGCCGUCAGAUGGCUGGUCUGCCCCCAAGGAGACUCCGUCGCUCUAACUACUUCCGACUUCCUCCCUGUGAAAAUAUGGAUUUCCAGAGACCCAGUGGUCUGUGAGCCUCACGGGAGAAGAAAGAAUGUGUAGGUGAAAGGAAGGAGACUUUCCUUCUUUCCCAGCCAUUGUCAGCAAGCCCAUAGACAGUAUUUCUUAACCUGUCUCUUCAUAGUGUCCAGCUUUUGCUCCUACUCUCUUUCUACUCAGACUGAUAACAUUUAUUCAUUUUCUCAUACUUAAAAUACAAAGUCUACGUAUGUGAUUGCAUGGUUUUGCCGCUUCUCAAUAUGAUAGACACAGUGGAAUAAAUGAUGACCAAAUGGCUUAUAUACAAACACUCUGCAUACAAUUUCAGGGGAGAAUAAACUUCGUUGAUACCCUUUACUGUUGAAUCUGUCUGACAUAGAUCUUAGGGUAGAAGAAGCGAGCCUUGUCUAUUUUGGCUAACUAUAGAACUUUACUUAUUUUCCUUCCAGGAGUUUCCUAGAUUAGCUCGCUAUUGUUUACAUGAUCCUCUUUACUUUUACUUGAACUGUUUUGCCAAGUUGCCCUCAAAUUUGCCUGGCAAGUGUUCCUUACGAGAAGGAUGCGGCUGAGCAUGGUGGCUCACGCAUAUAAUCCUAGCACUCUGGUAGGCUGAGGUAGGUGGAUCGCUUGAGCUCAGGAUUCUGAGACCAGCCUGAGCAAGAAUGAGACCCUGUCUCUAAAAAAAUAGCCGGGCGUUAUGGUGGGCGCCUGUAGUCCCAGCUACUCAGGAGGCUGAGGCAAAAAAAUCACUUGAGCCCAAGACUUUGAGAUUGCUGUGAGCUAUGAUGCCACAGCACUCUACCCAGGGUGAGAGAGUAAAAAAAAAAAAAAAAACUAGAAGGAUCAUGGUAAUUUUUAUAAUCCUAGAAGAUUCUCCAACAGACCAAAGAAUUAUAAAAUACUAUUAGCAAUAUAUGUAUAUAAAGAUCCAAAAUGCGGUCUUCUGCUAAGCUUAGAGGCUGGGACUGUGCCAGACAGAGAACUUAGACUUACACUUCCCUGACAGGAGGAAGGCCUGGAAAGUCAGUUCUCAUUUACCUAUCCAUUUAUGGCAGCACUGGGGUUAGCCUAACUCCAGAUAGUUCAUCAGGAGGUAGGACUGCAAAGUCAGUCUCAUUUACUGACAGCACUGGGGUUAGCCUAACUCCACAAAGCAAAUUGGACAAUUUAAUGUGAAACCAUACUAUUGGCUAAAGUUACUGCUACUUUUUUCACUCUUAUCACUUAGCAAGUGCACAGUAGAUUUGAUUGUGCAAAUGGCUUCUGGAAUGUCCUGAUUUGGGGCCUAAUAAGGGCAUUCAGACCUGAAUUUUAAUAGGCAGGCAGAAAGCUUACCGAAUAGUUAAUAUGACAGAGUGAAAGAAAUAAAAUAUUCAGAAACAUACAAUUUUAUCCUGGCUCUAGCUGAACCAUGUAGCCUUAGAUAAGUUUUUUUUUAUUGGGUCCUGGUUUAAUUUCCUCAACUUUAAAAUAAGAAGGUUAUGGCUUGGCGCCUAUAGCUCAAGCGGCUAAGGUGCCAGCCACAUACACCUGAACUGGUGGGUUCAAAUCUAGCCUGGGCCUGCCAAAUAACAAUGACAACUACAACAAAAAAUAGCUGGGUGUUGUGGCAGGUGUCUGUAGUCCCAGCUAAUUGGGAGACUGAGGCAAGAGAAUCGCUUAAACCUGGGAGUUGGAGGUGGCUGUGAACUGUGAUGCACGGCACUCUACCCAGGGCAACAGCUUGAGGCUCUGUCUCAAAAAAUAACUAACUAACUAACUAAAUAAAUAAUAAAAUAAGAAAGUUAAAUAUAUUUUAGUUUAAGGUUUCUUUCAAUUCUAUGAUUCUCUAUGUGUAAAUGCAUUAUUCAUAUUUCUUAAAGCCUAAAUGGGGAGAGCAGAACAAAUCCUAUUACAGUAAUUGACAGAUUACAUAUCAUGGACCCCUCCUGUCUGAAUAACUCAAUCAUUUUCUAUAAAAGACAAUGGAAUUCAGAUAGAAACUAGGGAACAAGAAGUCACAGGUGACAGUAGGGGUUGGAUUUCUUUUAGAAUGCCAAAAAAACAGUAAGAUCAAAUUCUUACUGUUAAGAAACAAUUUAGUUUAAUGGGAUUUGUACAACUGAUUAAACAGAAAUUCUAUAAAAAGCUCCAAAGCAUUUAAUCUCUAUUCCACCUCAUCUCUAGAAUUAAAUGUACACAUUUAUAAAAAGACAUAUUACAUGCAUAUUGUAGCCACUACAAAGAAGGUACAGAAUUUCUAAGAAUCAUUUUAAGACUCUCUCCUUGAACUCAACUCUCCCACUACAUGCUGUGAUAUUCCCACCAGAUAGCACCUAAAUCCUGGUAUGAUGUAUGUAGUAUAUUUCAAAUUAAACAUUUUAAAAUACCUUUUUUUUUGUUUUCAAUUUCUUUCUCAGAAAAAGUGGUCUUUGGUCAGGUUAGUUCUUUUUCUUCUUCUCUUACGUUUAUAAGAAGGACUUGAAUUCAUGCUUUUUUACCCCACUUUCAAAAUUAAGUACCAAUAUUGCUCAAAUUUCUCUCUUCUGCCAACCUCUAUUCUAUCCCUCAUUUUACAGCAUUGCUAUUGACUUCUCAACAUCCCAGAUGUGUUCAUUCC